GCUCCCCGCCCCUCUCCCAGCAGGAAAAUCAUCCUCCUCCUUUCUGAACGGAAGGAGGAGAAAAGGAAAACAGAGGAGCGGGGAGGCAGCUGGUUUUACUUUCACAAUUGCAGGCUUCCUGCUUCACACGCGCCUGGCUUUUUGUGUCUGGGCUGUGAGCGGCCAUGGCAGACCAGACUUCGUCGGGAGUGAGGCUUGGUUUCGUGGAAGGGGUGAGCGAAGCCGUCAUCCGGCAGCUCCUGGACAGCCUGCUCCACGCGGGGGUCCUGAACGAUGAAGAGAUGGAGGAGGUGAGCAAACAGGACGGGAAGCGCCGCCAGGCACGGACCUUGUUCGAUCACGUCUGGAGGAAAGGGCCCAAGGCCAGCGCGAUCUUCCUUGCGGAACUCCAGAGUCGGGACCCAUACUUAGCCAGAAAGCUGGGCCUGACUCCCAACCCAAUCGGCCCUCCAGGUUCCCCACCUGGUCCAGGCAUGGCUCUCCCAGUGGAAGACUCCCAGCCCUUGGAGCGGAGAAACGGGAUACGUCUUUGCCCCACGAAAUUGUUCCACGAGAUCCAGGCUAAGGAAGCCGGGGAGAUCUACCCCAUCAAGGAUGCGAAGAGUCGGACCCGCUUGGCUUUGAUUAUCUGCAACAUCGUCUUCGAACAUCACAGAAAGAGGGAGGGGGCGGAGGUGGACCUGGAGCAGAUGACCAGCCUCCUGGAAGGUCUGGGUUAUACGGUCCAAACGGAGACCAACUUGACCUCACAGGGCAUAACCGAAUGCCUGCAGCGUUUUGCAGCCCGGGAGGAGCACAAGACGUCGGACAGCACCUUCGUGGUCCUCAUGUCUCACGGCCUCCGGGAGGGCCUGUGCGGCGUCAAGAGUCGGGGAAAAGACUCAGACAUCCUCUCCAUCGACGCCGUCUUCUCCGCCUUCAACAACAAGAACUGUCCGGCUUUGCUGAGAAAGCCCAAAGUGAUCCUCAUUCAAGCCUGUCGUGGCCUAAAUGAAGGCUCGACCUACGUGAGUGACUCCACGGGGCCUCCCGCCUCUCCCAACGACAUUUCAUGGCUCCCAGAAGAAAUGGAAAGCGAUGCCCUUCAGAAAGUCCACAUAGAGAGUGACUUCAUCUGCCUUUACUCCACAACUCCAGAUAACCUGUCCUGGAGACGAUGUACAACUGGUUCAGUCUUCAUCGUCAAGCUGAUAGAGCUCAUCAAGGAACACGCCUGGAACUGUGACUUGGAAGAGAUUUUCCGGAAGGUCUUGCGGGCUUUCGAAAACAACCACCCCCUCCAGAUGCCUUCAAAGGACAGAACCACCCUGAGCAGGAAAUUCUACCUCUUCCCAGGCCACUAAAAUCCAUGAAGAGGCAGCGGCGUGGGCUGGGACUCUGCAGGAGCAGCCAACUCCACAGCACUCACAACGUCCAGUCGGAACCGUAGACUUGAAAGGGAACCCGAGGGUCAUCUGAUCUGAAUGCCCCACUCCAAAAAAGAGA